GAAAAUGCAGCCGAAAACCAACCAACCAAGCAGAAGAAAUCGUAGGUCGGCGAUUGAUAAUGGAAGGCGGAGACGAAGGGAUAGAGAGAGUAGAAGACUCGAAGGAUUUGCAGCAACAGAGCAAAGCACUCGACAAGCUAACCGAUCAUGUCGAAGAUCGUCAGCUCGAUUCCACUCGUGUUCAAGAGGCUAUGGCUUCGAUUGCUGCAUCAAAGGAAGCUGAUUUGAAUGCUAUGAGAUUAAGGGAGAAAGAGUUGGCUGCUGUCAAAAUCAAUGCUGCUGAAGUUGACAUCAUUGCAAAUGAACUAGAGCUGGACAAGAAGGUGGCUGAAAGAACAUUAAGGGAACACAAAGGUGAUGCAGUUGCUGCAAUUAGGCAUUUGCUUCAUGUGGGUAAUCUCUAAAUAAUUAAGAUGAUUUAGGAUUUUGGUUUUCAACUCCAUAAAUUUGUGACCGAAUCCUGUUCAUUACUUGUUAUCUUUUGGCGUGCCACAACUUUUAAAUCUGAUAUUUCUCAUUAAAAAGUGUGUGAACUUGAAUUGGAUA